AUGAACAAGGCGAAAAAGCCCCAGGCCAGAAAUGUUGCCCGAUUUGUCGGCGAAUCCGCUGACACAGGGUCUUGGGUGGAUGGCAACAAGACCUAUGUUGGCCGUGUGAAGGAGUACUGGCCCGCGAAGGGCUACGGCUUCAUCGCUUGCGAGGAGAUCAGAGGCGUGUUCCAGAGCGAUGUCUUCCUGCACAAGAACCAAGCCGAGGAAGCCAAUCUCCAAAAAUCGAACCUGGUGACUUUUUCGGUGGAGAUCAACAGCAAGGGCCGGCCACAAGCCAGAAAUGUCGAGCGUGUCUCGGCGCCGUCCUAUGCCAGUCGGGAGCCUUCCGCACCAGCAGAGGCGGACGUUCAGAUGGAAGAUGCGCCCAAUGCGAGUUCCAGCCUGCCGGCUCUGCGAGCCAGUCGUAGAUGCUCCCGAUUUCGGGAUGAUGACGACCCGCAUCGAAGUUCCAGCAACUCUGCCGCCGUUGUUAGUUCUUGCCUGACUGUUGGGAGGGGUUCCACCAUGGCACCGGAGCUUGUGGCAGAAGCUAAAAGCUCCGUCUCCAGGAUCGAGAACUUUGAGGCCUUCUUGUCGAAGGAGCUGGCACAACUGCACUCGCGCCUGCUGAGUGCCCAUGAGUCGCUGGCGCCUGUCUCGCCCUCCACACGGAAACAAAGCGAGGAAAGCGAGAUUGAACAGACGUUCUGCCAGCUGCGGGCCUUGGCGACACCGACCACGGCUGGCGGAGAGGAUGCCCAUCUUGAGCCUGCCAUGCCCCCGCCACUGUUGGAGGACAUUUCUGACCGGACAGAGAAAGAUACCUUCCCCGACUGGGCGGUGUCCCGCUGGCAGGACAUUGUCGAGAAGCUCCGAGCCAGAUGGGAAGCAGAAGAGCCUCAAAGUCCGCACAGCUGCACGGGGAGACAGUCGCGAAUGAGGGUGACUUGGCGACUCCAGGGUGAGUCGACACUGUGGGACGCCUACUCGAAACAAGGCUCCAUCGACUUCAAUGGUAUCCUCGGGAAGGAGAAGGGCGACUCCAAUCCCGACUUGCACGAGGUGGUUGUCAAAACGAGCACCGGCUGCAGCGCUUGCCUCGGAUGUUUGGUCCUCCACCCGUAUGGAUGGCCGAAGUUUUCGUGGAGCAUCAUCCUGCUGCUGGCAGUGCUUUGGGACGCUGUGACGAUCCCGCUGCAGCUGUUUGACCUUGGUGCCUUCUCAGCUACGCUCGACACCGUCAACACGGCGACCAUCUUUUUCUGGCUAGCGGAUAUUCCGGUCAGCUGCUUCACCGCUGUCGACAGCGACGGCCUCCUGGACUUCCGGCCGCGCUCGUGCAUCCGGGACUACACCAGGGGCUGGUGUUUGCCCGACGUGCUCAUGGUUUUGGGAGAUGUGAUUGUGUCCAUCGUUGGCGCUAACAGUGUUGCGGCUGCAGCUGGGACCCAGGGUCUUCGCGUCUCGCGGCUCAUUCGUCUCUCUCGAUUGGUGCGGCUGGUGCGGCUCUACAAAGCUUCAGCGACAGUCGAGUCGUUGGUCGACUACGUUCGUUCUCCGCUGAUCGUGGUGUUGAUUGGCCUAGCCAAGCUGAUCUUGUUCAUUCUCUUUGUGAAUCACUACAUCGCCUGCGCUUGGUGUGCGAUGGCUUAUUUUAGUGACGGUAGCCCUACAUGGGCAGACGGACACGUGAAAGCUCCAGAUGACUUCCGUGAGCUCUACGCCUUGUCUUUACACUGGAGCUUGACACAAUUCACGCCAUCCACGCAGGACAUUGGGCCGUCCAACAUCGGGGAGCGCAUCUUCGCAGCCGGCGUGGUGAUUUUUGCCUUGAUCGUGUUUUCCUCCUUCGUCAGCAGCAUCACCAAUCAAAUGAACCAGAUCCGCACCUGGAACUCCAAGACUAUCGAGCUGGAUGCAGUGCUGCGGCAUUUCCUGAAGUCGCGGAAGAUCUCUACCCAGCUGGGAGUUCGCAUUACUAACUUCUUCAAGGUCAGUCAGAAGCAGAAGGCAAAGACCCCACUCGAGAGCAUAGCCUUUCUGGCAAGCCUACCAGAAAGCUUGAAGAUUCAUUUGCACAGCGAGAUAUUCUUACCCGCCUUCAAGACUUCUGGCCUGUUCAGUCGUGUUAUGAAAGUGGACUAUCGCUUGCUGUCGAAGACCUGCAGCCGCGCAUUCAAGGAGCAUUACUGCCCACCGGAGAUCGAUAUCUUUAUCGAAGGGGCCGCAGCACCAGGCGUCCUCAUUGUACACCGGGGUGAAAUGAUCUAUCAGCCUCGGGCGCUGUCGCGCUUCACCCACCUCAGCGCUGUCAAGCCCGUGCGACUGCAGAAGGGGCUUUGGAUCUCGGAAGCAUCGCUGUGGUGCGUGUGGUCCUAUGCUGGCAGCCUGCGGGCGGAGACGGCCUGUGACUUUCACCUUCUGGACUCUGACGCCUUCAGCAGAGUUUGCCAGAGCCACGGAGGCGCACUGGUUGCGAUCUUGCGGAAGUUGGCUGUUCUCUUCAUCAACUACAUGGAGGAACGAGCACAGGAGUCAAAGCCGAUCACCGACAUGCCGCUGUCUGAUGAAGAGUGGGAGUCGUUGCUCGACCGCUCCGACAAGCUCGAGAAGAUGAAGACGAUGAUGAUGCAACUGGCUCUGCCUCGGCCAGACUGGAAGUAG